AUGGCGUCGCGGGCUCGGGAUCUCAGCGUCCGAGGCCACGGGGCCGGGAGCCGGAAGCUCGGCUGCAGUGUGUGUUGCAAGUCUUCUUGGAAUCAGCUGCAGGACCUGUGCCGCCUGGCCAAGGUCUCCUGCCCUGGCCUUGGUAUCUCUAAGAGGAACCUCUAUGACUUUGAAGUGGAGUACCUGUGUGAUUACAAAAAGAUCCGCGAACAGGAGUAUUACCUGGUGAAGUGGCGUGGAUACCCAGACUCAGAGAGCACUUGGGAGCCACGGCAGAAUCUCAAGUGUGUACGUAUUCUCAAGCAGUUCCAUAAGGACUUAGAAAGGGAGCUGCUCCGGCGCCACCGCCGGUCAAAGACUCCCCGGCACCUGGACCCAAGUUUGGCCAACUACCUGGUACAGAAAGCCAAGCAAAGGCGGGCGCUCCAGCGCUGGGAGCAAGAGCUCAAUGCCAAGCGUAGCCAUCUGGGACGUAUCACCGUGGAGAAUGAGGUGGACCUGGAUGGCCCCCCAAAGGCCUUUGUGUACAUCAAUGAGUACCGUGUUGGUGAAGGCAUCACCCUCAAUCAGGUAGCUGUGGGCUGUGAGUGCCAGGACUGUCUAUGGGCACCCACUGGGGGCUGCUGCCCAGGAGCAUCAAUGCACAAGUUUGCCUACAAUGACCAAGGCCAGGUACGGCUACGAGCUGGGCUGCCCAUCUACGAGUGCAACUCCCGCUGCCACUGUGGCUAUGACUGUCCUAAUCGUGUGGUACAGAAGGGCAUCCGCUAUGACCUCUGCAUCUUCCGCACAGAUGAUGGGCGUGGCUGGGGCGUCCGCACACUGGAAAAGAUCCGCAAAAACAGCUUCGUCAUGGAGUACGUGGGAGAGAUCAUUACCUCAGAGGAGGCAGAGCGGCGGGGCCAGAUCUAUGACCGCCAGGGUGCCACCUACCUUUUCGACUUGGACUACGUGGAGGAUGUGUAUACCGUGGAUGCCGCCUACUAUGGCAACAUCUCCCACUUCGUCAACCACAGUUGUGACCCCAACCUGCAGGUGUACAAUGUCUUCAUAGACAACCUUGAUGAGCGGCUGCCCCGCAUCGCUUUCUUUGCCACAAGAACCAUCCGGGCAGGCGAGGAGCUCACCUUUGAUUACAACAUGCAAGUGGACCCCGUGGACAUGGAGAGCACCCGCAUGGACUCCAACUUUGGCCUGGCUGGGCUCCCUGGCUCCCCCAAGAAGCGGGUCCGUAUUGAAUGCAAGUGUGGGACUGAAUCCUGCCGCAAAUACCUCUUCUAGCCUUUAGAAGUCUGUGGCCAGACUGACUGAGGGGGCCUGAAGCUGCCCACCCCUCCCCCCACUGCUGCCCUCCUGUCAAGGAAUGACAGCCAGGGCCUUGCCUGCCUCCACCUACCCCACCUGCUCCAUGCUCAGGGCUGUGGCCAGGACCGACUCCAGGAGUCACCUUUCCCUGUCCCAGCCCAUCUGUGGGUUGCACUUACAAAACCUCACCCACCUUCAGAAGUGAUUUUUCAACAUCAGGACUUUCUGCAGUUGGGAUUCCUGGCCCAUUAAGGAGGUCCAGGGGGUGAGCCCUAGCCCAGCCUCAGAACAGAAAGAUGUUUGUUUUUGCACCUGCUUCUGCCUGGAGCUUGAGGGGUCUGCUGCAGGCCUCCUCACUACUGCCCAAAAGGUAUGGGGAAGCAACCCCAGGGAAGGCAGGCAUCAGAGCCAAGAGUUCCCAGUGGGACCUCUACCAGGUUCCCUGACCACAGAGACUCCGUACUAGUGAAGAAAAUGGGGUCUCCAGGGCUGGGGGCUGAGGCUGGUUUCUGCUCAUGAAGGGGAGUAGAUGCCUAUGGCCUACUGACCAGUGAGAGGAAGACAGUUAGACUUGGCCGGACCUGGAUGUGGGCUGGGCCCAAAGCUCUGCUUUCAAGGAAUACAGAGAAGAUACCUAGGGCUCUUGGGAGCUCUGAGGAUGCUGGGAGCCCUAACCUGGGAUGUGAUGACUGCUGGGACUGCUCAGAGCUGGAACCAAGAUCUAGAUAGUCCAUAGAUAGCACUUAGUACAAAAAUGUGCAUUGAUGAGGUGCCAGGCACUGGGUGGAGCACCUGGUACACUUGGAUUGUCUCAGGGAAGCCUUGAAAUCCAUGGAAGUGGGUACCAGGAAAGGGCCCAUAUGGCAAAAGGUAAAGUACAGGCCAAGAAUGGGGAGGAGUUCCCCACUAGAGGAUGGGGAAGUGGUAGCAAAGCCUCUGCUGCCUGCCGGCCCCAGCCCUUUGUGCUCACCCUGGGUCUACUGGUCUCAAAAGUUACCUAUCUGCAAAUGUACAUACAAAAGGCAAAGGUUCUGAUGGCUGCCUCACCCCUUGCUUCCUCCUCCUAUGAGGCCUUCCCUAGAAAGCCUUUCCUGACUACCUGUGCCCAGAGUGCCCCUAUGUGAAGACUGUGUGUCCCGCUACCAGAUGCCAGAUGUGUGUGUCUAUGUGUCUAUCCUGCCCUCUCCCCCAGACUCACCUUCAGGCAUGGACUGAAUCUGGUUCUCCUCUUGUACACCCCUCAGCGCCACCCAGCCUGGAGUGGGCAUCAA